UCUAUUUUUUAAAAGCUUUGUACUUCAUCAUAGAAAAAAAAUUACCCCUCAAAUGAAAAUGUGGGUGAUUGAGGGCAUUUAGCAUGUGGACAUUUGAGAAAGUGUCCCAUAAAUCACUGAAGUAAAGGUUAAAUACUGAAUAGGCUAAUCCUGAACACUUUUUUUUUUAACCAGGAGGAUUUCAUCUUGACAGAAAAACAACUUUUACCCAAUAUGUAUUUUCUGAAAUUAAAAAAGAGAGACAAGGAUAGACUUAAAAUAGAUGAAGAUGUUUAGUGAAUUAGCAGUGUUUACUCUUUUCUGAUGAAGAUACUCAGUAAUGUUAAAUCCUUUCCAAAACCCUGGUUGUGGUCUUGAAGACAAGGCUCCUUUUAAUGGGACUGUUAUUAAGGGAAGUGGGGCCUUUUGUUUAUUCAACUCACAGUUAUAGAACUUGCAGUAAUCGGCAUGAGUGACUUAAAAGAGGAAAUUAAGAAGCUUUCAACUAAAUCCAAAAGUACAGUCAUUUUUUUACCAUUGUGAUUUUAAAAGCCUCUUAUAACCAUUGAACAAGAAUUAACAACUAUUUUAAAAGAUUAAAGGAAGGCAGAUGUCUGCAAACAAUUCCCCUCCAUCAGCCCAGAAGUCUGUAUUACCUGCAUCUCUUCCUGCUGUGCUUCCAACUCCUUCUCCGUGUUCAAGUCCCAAGACAGGACUCUCUGCUCGACUCUCUAAUGGAAGCUUCAGUGCACAGUCUCUCACCAACUCCAGAGGCUCAGUGCAUACAAUUUCAUUUCUGCUACAAAUUGGCCUUACACGGGAAAGUGUGACCAUUGAAGCCCAGGAACUAUCUUUAUCUGCUGUCAAGGAUCUUGUGUGCUCCAUUGUAUAUCAAAAGUUUCCAGAGUGUGGAUUCUUUGGCAUGUAUGACAAAAUUCUCCUCUUUCGCCAUGACAUGAAUUCAGAAAAUAUUUUGCAGCUGAUUACCUCAGCAGAUGAAAUACAUGAAGGGGACCUAGUAGAAGUUGUUCUUUCAGCUUUGGCCACUGUAGAAGAUUUCCAGAUUCGUCCACAUGCUCUUUAUGUACAUUCUUACAAAGCUCCUACUUUUUGUGAUUAUUGUGGUGAGAUGCUCUGGGGAUUGGUACGUCAGGGACUGAAAUGUGAAGGCUGUGGAUUAAAUUAUCAUAAACGAUGUGCCUUCAAGAUUCCAAAUAACUGUAGUGGAGUAAGAAAGAGACGUCUAUCAAAUGUAUCUCUGCCGGGACCUGGCCUCUCUGUUCCAAGACCCCUACAGACUGAAUGUGUAACCCUUCCCACUGAAGAGUCACAUGUUCACCAGGAACCAAGUAAGAGAAUUCCUUCUUGGAGUGGUCGCCCGAUUUGGAUGGAAAAGAUGGUAAUGUGCAGAGUAAAAGUUCCACAUACAUUUGCGGUUCACUCUUAUGCCCGUCCCACAAUAUGUCAGUACUGCAAGCGGCUACUGAAAGGCCUUUUUCGCCAAGGAAUGCAGUGUAAAGAUUGUAAAUUCAACUGCCAUAAACGCUGUGCAUCAAAAGUGCCAAGAGAUUGUCUUGGAGAGGUUACUUUCAAUGGAGAACCUUCCAGUCUGGGAACGGAUACAGAUAUACCAAUGGAUAUUGACAGUAGUGACAUGAACAGUGAUGGUAGUCGGGGCUUGGAUGACACAGAAGAAACAUCUCCCCCGGAAGAUAAAAUGUUCUUCCUGGAUCCAUCUGAUCUUGAUGUAGAAAAAGAUGAAGAAACUGUUAAAACAAUCAGUCCAUCAACAAGCAAUAAUAUUCCGCUAAUGAGGGUUGUACAAUCCAUCAAGCACACAAAGAGGAAGAGCAGCACCAUGGUGAAGGAAGGGUGGAUGGUCCAUUACACCAGCAGGGACACCCUGAGAAAGAGGCAUUAUUGGAGACUUGAUAGCAAAUGUCUAACAUUGUUUCAAAAUGAAUCUGGAUCAAAGUAUUAUAAGGAAAUUCCACUUUCAGAAAUUCUUCGCAUAUCUUCAGCACAAGAUUUCACAAACAUUUCUCAAGGCAGCAACCCACACUGUUUUGAAAUCAUCACUGAUACUAUGGUAUACUUUGCUGGUGAGAACAAUGGGGACAGCUCUCACAAUCCUGUUCUUGCUGCCACUGGAGUUGGACUUGAUGUAGCACAAAGCUGGGAAAAAGCAAUUCGCCAAGCUCUUAUGCCUGUUACCCCUCAAGCAAGUGUUUGCACUUCUCCUGGGCAGGGGAAAGAUCACAAAGAUUUAUCUACCAGUAUCUCUGUAUCUAAUUGUCAGAUUCAGGAGAAUGUGGACAUUAGUACUGUUUACCAGAUCUUUGCAGAUGAAGUGCUUGGUUCAGGCCAGUUUGGUAUUGUUUAUGGAGGAAAACAUAGAAAGACUGGAAGGGAUGUGGCUAUUAAAGUAAUUGAUAAGAUGAGAUUCCCCACAAAACAGGAAAGUCAACUCCGUAAUGAAGUGGCUAUUUUACAGAAUUUACACCAUCCUGGGAUUGUAAACCUGGAAUGUAUGUUUGAAACCCCAGAACGAGUUUUUGUUGUGAUGGAAAAGCUGCAUGGAGAUAUGUUGGAAAUGAUUCUGUCCAGCGAGAAAAGUCGGCUUCCAGAACGAAUUACUAAAUUCAUGGUCACACAGAUACUUGUUGCUCUGAGGAAUCUACAUUUUAAGAAUAUUGUACACUGUGAUUUAAAACCAGAAAAUGUACUACUUGCAUCAGCAGAGCCAUUUCCUCAGGUGAAGCUGUGUGACUUUGGUUUUGCACGCAUCAUCGGUGAAAAGUCAUUCAGGAGGUCUGUAGUAGGAACGCCAGCAUAUUUGGCCCCUGAAGUUCUCAGGAGCAAAGGCUACAACCGUUCUCUAGAUAUGUGGUCAGUGGGAGUUAUUGUCUAUGUGAGCCUCAGUGGCACGUUUCCUUUCAAUGAAGAUGAAGAUAUAAAUGACCAGAUCCAAAACGCUGCAUUUAUGUACCCACCAAAUCCAUGGAAAGAAAUUUCUGGUGAAGCAAUUGACUUGAUAAACAAUCUACUUCAAGUGAAGAUGAGAAAACGUUAUAGUGUGGACAAAUCUCUUAGUCAUCCCUGGCUACAGGACUAUCAGACUUGGCUUGACCUUCGAGAAUUUGAAACUCGCAUUGGAGAACGUUAUAUUACACAUGAAAGUGAUGACGCCCGCUGGGAAAUACACGCAUAUACACACAACCUUGUAUACCCAAAGCACUUCAUUAUGGCUCCCAAUCCAGAUGAUAUGGAAGAAGAUCCUUAAUAAUCAAGGAACUAACUUCUUAAGGAAGAAUUUCAUUUUAUGGAUUGAUAUUUUGCUGCACAACUGUUCUCUGUAAGUUGUCAUCUGCAGGGAUGCAAAGACAUGAGGAAUAUAAGGAAUCAGUGACACCAAUACUGUAGUUCACAAUGAGUAGGUACAAGAGGGGAAAGUGAAUAACAGAAACACAUAAUGGAACCAACGUGAAAUUUUUCACAAAUUUUUACAGCAUAAACAACUGGUUUUUUUGUUUUUUUCCUAUCUUCAAUUUAGUACAGUAGCAGCACUUAAUACUGCCUUUCCUGUAUCUCAUGUAAUUUUUUUAAGGAGACAAAGACAAGGCUAGAGUCCAGUUACUGCAUAGUUCAACCAAAUAAUACAAGAGUUGUAGGUUGGUUACUAAAUAGGUUUGCAUUUAAAAGAUAACAGAGGCUACCAGCAUGUAAUUUUAACAUUUGUUUCAUUGACCAUAGAUACCUUUUGGGGUUUUUCCUUGGAAUCUAGAAAAUCUAGACCAGCUACCCUUUCAUUUUAGGUCAAUCAAGAUUCCAAAAUGAUCCCUAAGCUUUUUGAGUUGAAACUCUGAAUAUGCCCUAUACAACAGAAAAAUUAAAGUUACCACCUUUUGUGAGUAGGUUGCAACAGCCUCUAAGAUAAUUCAGGACAACUGAUGUUAUAAAACCAGGAAUAGGAAUUGCUUGUCUAAGUGCUGAGUGUUAGUCUUCUCAUAGCUCAACUCUGCUGCUAAAUACUCAUUUUUCCCAUUGAUACCACUGUAAUGCCACAAUUGGAUUCCAGCAUUUAGUGGCUAUAAGGUUAAACUUUGGAGUUGGGUAAUUAGAGAGGAAAAAAACCUUAAAUACUAGAAUAAGGUCAGUAUAGGGUCACUUAGUGCUAUAGUAAAGAUUAGCAAACAGUAUCCUUUUUUCCUUCCCUUAGGUUAUGGAGAGCUUUACCAAUAUUUGGAAUACUUUAAAGCCAAUCAUUUUAAGGAGUUUGGGGGAGCAAGUAAGGUGGCACAUCAAUAGUUGACAAAAGCAGGGCUGUAUUAGGAGAGUAAAGAAAAAAUGAAGUAAGUUCCAGGUUUGGUUUUUAAAAAAAGACAUAAGCUCUAACAGCAGCUAAAAUUUUUUUCUACUCAUCUGUAGUAUUUAAGAAGCCAUUUCUCAUAUCUUUUAGAAAGUUACUCAUAGUUUUUCCCAAAAAUGAUUUAAGAUCUGGUACUGUCUACUUACAAAAAACCCAGUGGAGUUUUGUUUCUUCAUUCCUCACUAAUCAUUGUAAGCCCUUUUUUUGAAAUCCCCAAAAACCUAAAAGAUUAUAGAGUCAGAAGAUCUGGGUUUAAAUCACGGCUCCUUUAUUAGCUGUGUAAGCCUACUUAGGCAGCUAACAAUCUUGAAUUCUUCAGACAAUUAAAUGAAGAUAAUAAUUUGAAGAUUAACUGGAAUAAUGUUCGUUGCUAUAUUUAUAUAAUCAAACCUUACAAAGCCAUGAAAUUAAUUGCACUCUUUUUGUUUUUGUUGUGAACGCCUAAGAAAAGUUACCUAAAAAAAUUUGUAAAGGCACUGUCAAGUAAUUUGGAGUUGAAUAAUUACUCCAACUACCUUAUAAUUUGCAUAGUAUUUUGUCUUGAAGUGGUGUUUGUAUAAGAAAUGUUAGAAACAUUUGAUAAUGUACAAAGUAGUCUAUAAUGACAUUGUUCAGUACAUUUUUAUAUUUUUUGUUACAUCCUACUUUUUGUAAAUAACCUCAAGCUUGAUAAUAAAAUGUAUUUCCAUAUCAUCAUACUUUUCCAUGUGAAAACCUGAGCCUUUAUCUAGUAGAGGUAUCCAAAGAAAAUACUGGGUUGUGUUAUUUUCCCAGGCCUUGGUAAGAGAACUAUUUUGAAAAUAGUAUUUCUAAAUUAAAAUAAUGCUAUUAUUUAAUAUCACUAUCUUUAACUGCCUGAUAUAAAAAAACACCUCACUGUAAUAAUUUUACAUGAAAUUUGAGGUUAGUUAUCUGGAGGUCUCAUUUCUUGGCAUGGAAGUUUGGAAUAAUUAGAACUAUAAAUUUCUCAGGAACUACUAUCAAACAUUCAACUAUUGUAAACUACUUUGAAGGCUUAAAUAAGUUAAAUACUUAGCAUCAAAGUCAAUUUUCUAGUUUUUAAGAGACAAAGCAUUGCCUCCUUCCCCUUAGUUAUAAAUAAUGAAAUGAUUGGGAGGAGCUAAUGAUAGGCAUUUUUAUCUUAAAAUUUUUUCCAACAAAAUCUUUGGGAAAAGAAAAUAAAUAUGAAAGCAAUAAAAGCAGAUAGAUAGGAAUGCCCCAAAACUGGGCUAUAUCUGAAAAACAAGGUUUUCAACUUCCUGUCCUUUAGAGAGAUACAGAAUAGUAGUCCUAGUCUAAAAAGACAAUAAAAGUGACAUGACCACUGUGCCUGUUAACUUACAAAAUACUUAAGCCAUCAAUUUAGACAUGUGGCCAGUAGUCUUUUACUCACACUGGUAAGUUUAUGUUGCUAACAUAGCAACUGCUUAUGAAGUCCAUGUUGUUGUUGAUUUUUUAAAUUCUGUGAACCAAAAAAAAAAAACUAAAUCUGAACAUUUUUAUUUGAAAAUAAAGAAUUAGCUCAAUUUAGAAAAUGAUUCUUCCUUCACAGUAAUCCACAUUUACUGUAAUUCCUAUUUCAAGUACAUGAUUGAUUUAUUGGUUUCUCUUCCUAACCCUCAAAUCCAUUUCCAGACCAGGAGAUUUAAUAGUGAUUAAUGCAUCUUUUAUUUUUUAUUUAUGAGUAAAUAAAUAUUAGAGAACAGAAAACUAUCAGUCUGUACUUGUAAUGUUAAACUAUAAGCAUUUCUUGAAUAUAGCAGCUAACAUUAUAAAUUCAAAGGAAACUCAGUUUCACAAUAACUUUGAGAACACAUACUUGUACUAAGAGUCACACACAACCAUAAAC